AUGAGUUUUCAGCGUGAUUACUACAUUUGCAACCCCUACACCCGGCAAUGGGAUGCUCUUCCUCCUGCUCCCCGAUGCCACGAGGAAGUAAGAGUGGGAUUCAUCUGCGAACCCUACUACUAUAACAAUGAUAAGAACCAGCAAUGUGACAGAAAAGAAGAACAAGUAGAAGAAGAAAGUGAAGGUUUGGGAGUUGAAAGAUGA